AUGUGCAACUUGCAAGAACUCUGCUCGAUUCGUGCUCCGAAUACCCGAAGCCUGUGUCAGAAGCUCAAGCUAGAAGGAUCUUCGAACCAUCUGUCUAUCGCCGGUAUUGGAAGAUCGUUUGCUAAAUCGACUAGAAUGGUGAGCGCAACCGUCGCUCCACGGUCGCUCAGAAUAUCACCGUAUUCGGAAAACAUCCAACUGCACGUUCUACCAAAGCUGACUUCAGAGUUGCCAACUGAGUUCGUGAAUGUACAACAGCUAGCGAUUCCGGAACAUCUUACGCUAGCCGAUCCUACAUUUUUUGAGCCUGGAUCGAUUGACCUAAUCAUCGGUGCAGAAUAUUACUACGAUUUGUUGUCAGAUGGAAGAAUCAAGCUAGUAGAUGAUGGACCCACUCUUCAAGAAACCGUCUUCGGCUGGGUCGUCUCUGGACGUGUACCCGGUUCUUCAAUUGCUGUACUACGAACCGUUUCCUAUCCUUGUACUGUUUCCGACAUGAACGAGCUACUCACGAAGUUUUGGGAACUCGAAUCCUGCCACACUGGAAACACGUUGUCAGUAGAGGUGUCAACGUGUGAAGAAAUCUUCGAGCGAACUACUAUCCGAGAUGAAACUGGCAGAUUCGUAGUCACCCUACCGAAAAAGGAAGCUGUCAUUCAGAAACUGGGAGACUCCAAGGCCAACGCUCUCAAAUGA